AUGGCCAACCUUCCGAAUCAAGACGGCUUGUUCGCCUACUUCCGCCGCCGCCUCCUCCAAAUCCCGCCAUUCGCGGCUCCCACCAGUCCCUCCACUAUCCUACUCAUUGGGGCAAACAGCGGUAUCGGACUCGCAGCGGCCAAAAUCCUCCUCUCUCUCCAGGGCCUGGAGAACCUACUCCUGACAGCGCGCAGCACGGAGAAGUCUCUGCAGACCAGACAGCACCUUGCACACUUGUGCCCAGCCAGCGUCAAUAUCGAGACCUUCGAAGUGGAUCUAGCAGACUGCAAUUCCAUCAGCGAGUUCAUUAUGAGCUUAAACGCCAGUAGCAAGAGCGGCAUGAGACACGUCAACACAGCCAUCUUGAACGCUGGCGUGAUGCCGGACACGUACGAGCUCGGCUGCGGCAGGUUCGAACUUACCUUGCAGGUGAACUACAUCUCCACAGCGCUGCUCUCUCUGCUCCUCCUGCCGAACCUGCGCUUGGGGUCCAUCACUUCUUCCUCACCCUCCCGCCUGUCCAUUUGUUCCUCCGAUGGGCACUACUUCGCCAUCCCGAUCUCCACUCUAUACAAUAGCGAGAAUGGCAUCCUUGGCCACCUCAACGAGCCCAGUAACUUCUCCCACCGCACAUACCCCACCUCCAAGCUCCUCGGUAUCCUCUUCGGCCGCGCGCUCAGUGAGAAACUCGAUCCUGCGGAGGUCCUCGUCACCAUAGUUAACCCGGGAAUCGCCAGGACCAAACUCUUCCGCGACCUCGGGUGGCCGUAUCGCAUCUUUAUGCGGCUUUUUGGAAGGAACGUCCACGCCGCGGCACAGGUUGUGGUUCAGGGCGCCUUGGGCGGUAGUGGCGCAGUGCAUGGCGGGUUCUAUUCCGAGGGGAGGGACACCAAGCCGCUGUCCGAGGUGUUCUCCGAGCGGGGGAGGGAGUUGCAGGAGAGGCUUUGGUCCGAGACCCUGGAUCUGCUAAGGGCCGAAUAUGAGGGUAGCGCUUCUGCGCCUAGCCAGGUUCAUACAGUGUGUUGA